UGAAAGGAAACGGGACGGUGAUGCUGGGGUGUGAUUUUUCGGACUCCUGAGGAAUAAGAGCUGCUUGUUUUUGCCUUUAUUAAAGGCACUUUCCUCUUCAACGUCGCACCCUGACCCUCCAACAGUAUGAUCAGGCCUCUGUUGAUGUGCUUCGCGCUGUGCGUGGUCUACGCCACCAGCAAGCCCACAGAGAAGAAGGAGCGGGUCCACCACGAGGAGCCCCUCAGCAGCCGUGAGCACAACGACGCAGACGGCUUCGAGUACGACCACGAAGCCUUCCUGGGUCGCGAGGAGGCCAAGACCUUCGAUGACCUCACGCCACAGGAGAGCAAACGGAGGCUUGGUGUGAUUGUGGAUAAGAUUGACGGCAACAAAGACGGCUAUGUCACCGAGGAGGAGCUGAAUGUGUGGAUCAAGAAGGCGCAGAAGAGGUACAUCUACGACAACGUGGACCGCCAGUGGAAGGACUUUGACAUGAACGUCGAUGGCAAGAUCACCUGGGAAGAGUAUAAGAACGUCACCUACGGCACCUAUCUUGACGACCCAGAACCGGAUGAGGGCUACAACUACCAGCACAUGAUGGCGAGGGAUGAGAGGCGCUUUAAAAUAGCAGACAAGAACGGCGACCUCAUCGCGGACAAGGAGGAGUUCACCGCCUUCCUCCACCCCGAGGACUACGACCACAUGAAAGAAAUCGUGGUUCAGGAAACAUUGGAAGACAUCGAUAAAAAUGGCGACGGCUUCAUCGACCUGAAAGAGUACAUUGGUGACAUGUACACCCACGACGAGGAGAUGGCGGAACCAGACUGGGUGGCGUCGGAGCGCGAGCAGUUCGCUGAGUUCCGCGACAAGAACAAGGACGGCAAGAUGGACCGAGAGGAGACCAUGGACUGGAUCUUGCCCUCCGACUACGACCACGCAGAGGCCGAGGCCAAACACCUGGUCCACGAGUCGGAUACCAAUAAGGAUGGAAAGCUGUCCAAGGAAGAAGUCCUGAACAAAUACGACCUGUUUGUCGGAAGCCAGGCGACAGACUUUGGGGAGGCCCUGACACGACAUGACGAGUUCUAGAGUUGUCACUUUUGAAAGAAAGAAUCAUCACUAUUACGCAUGUUUUGUCUGAAAUGAUAUAAUUUAUUUGGUAUACAAUUCGACUGGACUACUUUAAAAACACCGUGUUCAGCUGGUCGCAUAAAAAGGCAAUUUGUUGGUGUGUUUACAUUCUUCUGUCCAAAAAAUGCUUCCCACCGUGGGCUACUAACAUGUGAAAAAGAAUUAGUCCCGAUUGGCCGAGUUUAGUCCUGCUUGAAAUUGUAUUAGACUUGUCUUGAUGCAAUCUGGUUUUAUAUGUAUAACAAAGAUGUCCUUAUUUCCUAGGAAUUUAAAAUGAUUUAAAUCAUGGUGCUGCAUAGAGCUUUGUCGAUUAAAACAUCACGGCCCUUUGCAUUUGUAAUUUCAGUGUGUGCCUUUUUUUAAAUGUUGUUGCCAUUUUAACGUAACUUCCAUGUUGAUUUUUUUAUUACUCCUAAUACUAUCACUUCCUUCUGAUCCCCUUCAUGGUUGUAUUGUAAUAUGGGCACUUUCACUUUCCCUCCCACACUCUACUGUUAGAUUGUGGUGUCCCACCGCUAUGACCACAUCAUUGAACGUCCACCCCUGCACGAUGUAGAUAUGUAAUGCCAUUCAGCCAUUGGUCAAUCAAGGAGAAACGUACUCAUUUCUGUUACUGAACCCAGAAGAAUUGUACAUUGUACCUUUUUAUUUCUGAUCAGGGGGUAAAAGAGCAGGAAACGGUGGUUUCAGCUUCAUGGAAUACCAAUUGUACAUUUCUUUAUUUGAGAUGUAUAUUAUUGACACUAAGCUUAAACUCCUUAGAUCUAUACACAGAGACCAAUCUAAUGGUGAUUAUCUGUACUAAAGUAAAUGCUGUAUUUUGACAUUGCAGACUGUUUCUAAAUAAAAUAAAUACAACAUUGACCA